AUGUCCAUGUUGGGCGACUCCACAAUAGUCCCUUCGAAAUGCCAUAAACGUGAUUCGGAUAGCCUGGUCUCCCUUCCCUCGACGCCGAGCCGAUCCCUCCGCAAGGCCAUCUCUAUCCCGGCCGUAUCGUCGAUCGUUAAGGAGUCGUGGAAUUGGGCCGGUGAGACGCUGCACACCUAUCGCGAUGGGCUCUCGGCCGAAGAACGGAGGCAGAAAGCAGAGAUUGAGGAUCGGAAACAAGUUUUGUACCUGAAAAUUAAGAAUGCCGUGUCGUACGAAGAGUGGUGUACUUGCGCUACCGAACUAGACGUGUUGGAGGACAAUAUCUCUUGGAAGCGCACAUUGGAAUGCUCAGAAUACCACCCGGAGUUGGUCCAGGAACGGUUGCGACAGCUGGAGGAGGCGCGGAUUAGCUGCGAUGUGAGUCGCAUGUUGUUUCUCGUUCGCACCGCCCUCAGUCGCGACUUGGGAAAGAUGAGCAAUGCGUCCUUAUAUCGACACUCGCAUACUGGGACAAAGGACUUGAUCGAUCGGUAUAUCACGACCGCGCUCGAGACGAUCAACACGUUGGUGGAUCUGUCGGUACAUAAUCGGUGCGAUGGGCUGGAGCUCAAGUAUAUACUGGACCAGCUGUUGGCAGCGCGACAGGCAUUUGGCCGAAGCGCGCUUCUGUUUUCGGGAGGUGCCACUUUUGGAAUGAACCAUAUUGGUGUUCUCAAGGCCCUCUAUGAAUCAAAGCUCAUUCCGCGCAUCGUCUCGGGAGCCUCGGCAGGUAGUAUCGUUUGUGCGGUAUUUUGUACCCGCACCGACGAUGAACUCCCAGCUCUAUUGGAUACAUAUGCGCAUGGGGAUUUUUCAGUCUUCAGCGAGCAAGGACAGGAAGAGAAUAUCUUCCAGAAGACGGCACGUUUUUUGAAAUUCGGAUCCUUCCUUGAUAUAACUCAUUUAGCCAAUACGAUGCGGGCAUGGUUAGGAGACAUGACGUUUCAAGAGGCAUAUAACCGAACUCGCAGGAUUUUGAAUAUUUGCGUGUCAAGCGCAGGCAUGUACGAGCUACCUCGACUGCUCAAUUACAUCUCUGCACCCAACGUGUUGAUCUGGUCGGCAGUGGCCGUAUCUUGCUCUGUACCAUUGGUGUUUCGGCCCUUCAACCUGAUGGCCAAAGACCCGUUGACAGGAGAGGCGAUACCUUGGAAUGAUCUCCACAAACAGUAUAUUGAUGGCUCGGUGGACGGCGAUCUGCCCAUGACACGACUGUCUGAAAUGUUCAACGUCAACCACUUCAUCGUCUCACAAGUCAAUCCGCACGUUGUGCCUUUCUUACCAAAAGAAGAUGGCCCAACGAACAACCCCGAGCAGGGCUCGUCCUUUAUCCCUCGCUGGAUGAACACAAUGACUCACCUUGCUAAAGACGAGGUGCUUCACCGAAUGGCCGUCCUCUCAGAGAUGGGAGUCUUUCCCACAUCCAUGACCAAAGCCGCUUCAAUAAUGAACCAGAAGUACAGCGGCGACAUCAAUAUUUACCCUGAAUUAAUCUCAUCGAACUUCCCUCGAAUCCUAGAGAAUCCAACCACCGAAUUCAUGCUGCAGGCUUGUCUGAGUGGAGAGCGUGCGACAUGGCCCCGAUUGAGCCGAAUCAGGAAUGCCUGUGCGAUUGAACUGGCUCUCGAUCGUGCCGUUCAGCAAAUGCGAGCCCGGGUUGCCUUUAGCCCUGGCCAACUCGAACUGCGCAUGCCCGGCUUCAUUCACCAUUCGACGGAGUCUAUAGAAAGCGGCAUGGGACGAGGGCGUAUCCGGAACCGCCGACGCGGCUCUCACAGUCAUGAGCUGGAAAGAAGACGCCUGUCGCGCAGCAACACCGCCCAGGGACUACGAAAAGCACGCAGUACCAUCUCCCUCGAACAUCCCUCCUUCACUACAUCGAACGAUCUUAUCUCCGUGCCUACCCGACCCAAGGCCCACCGUCGCCGAUCAUCCAUGACCUUUGGUACAGGUGUCUUCUCAAUAGAAUCGGACAGCGACGAUUACGAGAAUUGCGGUGUCCCUUACUCCAACAACUCUCGGCCGUCCCAUCACCGAGGCUCGUGGGACGCCUCUGCAUACGGAGAAGAGUUAAAUCGUGGCUUGCACAGUCCCGUCCGAUCUCGGCGAUCCUCAUUCUCGUCUGGGAGGCGGCAACGGUCUGGUUCAGGCCAUCGAGGCUCGCCAAAACAGGUUCAUGCUGUUUCGGCGCGAGAGAUCUCCAUGGCUUUGUCGCCUUCGUCUCGUCAUCUGCUCAGUAUGACGCCGACGGUGCAUCCGACCUCUCCUGACUCUUUGACACGCAAAGCGCGUUCGUGA